CCUAAACUAGAAAAUUCAAUACGCUACCUUGCUUCGACCGAAGUCCUCUCCCUCUCUCUCUCUCUAGACAUAUUCAAAUCCGAUUCUCUCUCUAGCCUCCCCGUCGCCGCUGUCGUCGCCGGUCGCCGUCGCAGAGCCGCGGAGGAGGAGAGGAGAGAGAGAGAGAGAGAGCGGAGAGACGCCGGUGCGGGGAUGGGGCAGCAGUCGCUGAUCUACAGCUUCGUGGCGCGGGGGACGGUGAUCCUGGCGGACUACACGGAGUUCACCGGCAACUUCACCAGCGUCGCCUUCCAGUGCCUCCAGAAGCUCCCCGCCACCAACAACAAGUUCACCUACAGCUGCGACGGCCACACCUUCAACUUCCUCGUCGACGACGGCUUCACAUACUGUGUGGUGGCCGUUGAAUCUGUCGGUCGGCAAGUUCCAAUUGCUUUCCUUGAGCGAGUCAAGGAUGAUUUUACAAAGAGAUAUGGCGGUGGAAAAGCUGCAACUGCAGUUGCCAAAAGCCUAAACAAGGAAUUUGGGUCCAAAUUGAAGGAGCAGAUGCAGUACUGUGUGGAUCAUCCAGAGGAGAUCAGCAAGCUUGCUAAAGUAAAAGCCCAGGUUUCAGAAGUAAAAGGAGUUAUGAUGGAAAAUAUCGAGAAAGUUCUUGAUCGUGGAGAGAAAAUUGAGCUUCUGGUCGACAAAACUGAGAACCUCCGAUCCCAGGCACAAGAUUUCAGGCAGCAGGGUACUCAGAUCAGAAGGAAGAUGUGGCUGCAGAACAUGAAGAUCAAGCUGAUCGUACUCGGCAUUUUGAUCGCUUUGAUUCUCAUCAUCGUCUUAUCCAUUUGUGGCAAUGGCAAAUGUAAAUAAAUUUUGGAGCUUUGGAGAGAUUGCAUUAAUUUCAAGUCACACACAGUAUGGACGCGUGUUCUAUAUGACAGUAUUUAAUUGCUGUGUAUAGUCUUGUACUCUGAACUUUUGUUCUAGCGAGUCUCACGUGUGCUUUUAACUUUCUGGUUCUUGAGAUUUCCAUUAGUCUUAUUUUGGUA